AUGCCUUCCAAUAGCAGCAGAAAAACAGACUGUAAAGGAAAAGGAAAAGCAUCUGCAAGUAUAUUUACCUCUGCAAACUGUGUUUUGGCUGGCCGUGUUGGACCUCGAGAAAUUGCCCCCAGUUUCUCAUCCGCAACUAUCCAAGAUCAGCAAUACGCGGAAAUUGUUGAAAUGUUUAACAAAGUAAACAACAACAUCAACAGUGUCAAGGAUGACAUUGCUGCUGUCAAUAGCAACAUGGCAGCCUUUAAAAACAGGAUGGGCGUUGUUGUUGACACGUCUGGAAAGACACAUACGGCAUUUGCAGACUUUGCAACUGCCUAUGCCAACGAUCAGACUCGUAUGGCUAGUCUAGGACCAUCUCUGAUGCCAUCCUAUGUCCCCCAGACCUCACUCAGUGAUGCCAAGGUUUCUGUCAUUAUCUCGGAAAUCUUCGCAGAAAAGUUGUGGGACUGGAAGUUCGAGUCUGACAACCCUGCUCUUGUUGCUGAGAACGAGAGUAAGAAGAAGUGGAACUUGAAUGAGAAGAUUAACCACCGCGAUAACAUAGCUGUUAUCAACUACUUGAAGAGCUACAUUAGCGCCCAGACUCGUCUAGCUGGUACUCACCCACAGUCUUCUGAGCAGAAGGCCAAGAAAAACAGCAAGGGGAGAGCAAACAGUCGUACUCUUCAGGCUUCCAUUGAUGCUGCAAUGGGAUAUAAGACUGGAAACCCUGUUGAGAAGGCCUAUCUCAAACUCUUUCAGAAGGAUGCCAUGUCUGAUGGUGAGUCGGAUAUUGAGAUUGUGGACAAUCUUCCACGACGGUGUUUGCAUGUGGCUCGCCCCACUUGGAGAAGUGAAGAGUUCAACAGAUUAUUGACAAUGGUUGACGACAUUGAUCGUACCCAUCACAUGUUAAAUGCGGGCGUGGGAACAAAGCCAAGAAUGAACAGAUAUCCAGCAACAUUGUUGCCUUGCUCUGUUCCUGCCACUCUGUCCCAGUCAUUGCCUUGUUGGGCAAUCAACGAUGAAUAA